AUGGUUAGUGAACGGGGAAUAGAUGCUAAUCCCGAUAAGGUGAAUGCAGUGCUUGAGAUGAAACAACCGAAAACUAUCCGAGAUAUACAAAGGUUAACCGGAAGGAUGGCAGGGUUAACUCGAUUCAUCAGUAAAUCAGCUGACAAAGCACUUCCGUUCUUUGUGGCUUUAAGGCAGAACAAGGCAUUUGAGUGGGGAAAGGAGCAAAGGGAUGCAUUAGAAGUGGUGAGAAACAAUUUAAGGUCCCUUCCAACAGUGGCAAGGCCAGAAAGGGGGGAGUUGUUACAACUAUAUACUUCGGCUUCCCCAAAGACGAUAGCUGUAGUAUUAUUGAUAGAAAGGAAGAAGAUACAAAUGCCGGUGUAUUUUGUCAGUCAUGUUCUAAGUGCGACUGAGCGUAGGUAUCCGAUAAUAGAAAAGAUGGCAUUGGCAGUGGUCACAGCGGCUAGAAAAUUGAGGUCGUAUUUUGAUUCACAUCCGAUGGAUGUCUUGACAAACCAUCCGUUGGAAAAAUCUUUGCGCAAGAUGGAUACAUCAGGUUUACUGUUAAAGUGGGAUGUGGAGCUGUCAGAGUAUGAGAUAAAUUAUAAGCCCAGAGUUUCAAUAAAAGCACAGGCCUUGUCUGACUUCAUUGUGGAAACCACGUACAAUGACGAAGAAGAAGAAUUGGGAACUUGGCAAGUUUUAGUGGUAUCAGUAGAUGGAUCCGCAACAUCAACUGGUUCAGGGGCAGGGAUAGUGAUAACAACCCCAGAUGAAAAAACUUUUGAGUAUGAAAUCAAAUUUAAGUUCAAGGCCACUAACAAUGAAGCUGAGUACGAGGCAGCCAUAGCAGGGAUCCAGUUAACGAUGGCAGCUGAAGCAAAGCGAAUAAUUUUGACCACCGAUUCCCAGCUAGUAUCCAGCAAGUAUACUGGGGUGUAUGAAACGAGGGAGCCAACAAUGAUAAAAUAUAUUGAAAAGAUGAAGCAAUUAAUAGUACAGUUGCAGUAUUUUGAAAUCAAGCUAGUGCCGAGAGCACAAAAUGCACAGGCUGAUGCCUUGCCAAGGUUGGCAAGUUCAAGUUUUAAUGACUUGGAGAGAAUAGUUAUGGUGGAGGUGUUAAGACAUAGAAGUAUAGAAGAGAAAUCAGAGGAAGUGUGCUGUGUCGAUAACGACAUUGAAUGGUUUGACAAGAUACUGGCGUAUUUACUGUAUGGAGUUUUACCCCCUAAUAAGGAAGAAUCUAGAAAACUACGCAGGGAUAGCGUGUGGUUCAUAAUGUAUCAAGGCCAGCUGUACAAGAGAGGAUUUUCGUUGCCGUUACAAAGGUGCAUAACGGAUCUUGAAUCUGUCAAGUUAAUUGAGGAGAUACAUGAAGGAACAUGCGGAAAUCAUCUUGGGGCAAGAGCAUUGUCACGGGAAGCUCUGGGAUAUUACUGGCCGAGAAUGAACGAAGAUGUUGUUAAGUAUGUGAAGAAAUGUCAGAAAUGUCAGAAAUUUGCACCCGCUAUCAAUUUGCCGCCCAAUGAUUUAAUGCCAAUACUUAAUCUAAUCCCUUUCGCACAAUGA